GCAACCAUAUGCGCUCAACUGUAAUUCAAAACCAAGAAGGCCAGGGGUAGGGCGAAGCCUGGUGGAGCGAGGCGUGUAUCCCCAAAGAAAGAAAGAAAAAUAACAGCCGUGCGUUGCAGUCUUUUGAGGAAAGAUGAUAUGUAAGGUUUGACUCGACUGCUGUAUUUCAAGAUGAUUUUUCCAGUCAUGUGAACGGUUCCAAAUGGUCAGAUGUGAUGAAAGUCACAGACUGCAAAGGAGGCUGGUCAUGCUUUUGUGAACUCGAUCUUUCUGGAUGUAAAGGCCAUCGUAUUUACCACCACUGCAUAGUUCAGGUUAAUGGAAAACCAGAUGUGUAAAACAUGCGGAUGAGUCACACAGUCUGCAUGUGAACUGGAUACCGGUUCUCUGGAGAGCCCAUGUGGAUUUAACGAACCCCAAUCUGCGGAGAGCCAGAUGCAACCAUGUCCCUUUCGACUGUGCUUGCGAAGGCACUUUUUGACAAUGCCGCUGAAAGCCCAGAGGAGUUGGCAUUCCGUAAAGGUGAUAUCCUGAUGGUUCUCGACCAGGAGCAGGAAGGUGGGCCUGGAUGGUGGCUUUGCUCCCUCCAUGGACGGCAAGGCAUUGCCCCUGCCAACCGGCUACGCCUCCUUCAAACCAAUCAGACUCCCACUUCAAGCGCAGGUACAGAAACCCGAAGGGCUCCUAGUGUCGAUUCGGUCCAUGCAUCACCUAGCCAACAGAGCUGCAUAAAUGGACUGAGUAUUGAAGAUUCAGAUGGGGUGUAUCUCUCCCCACCCAGCUUGGCAGAAGGGGUGUACCAGAGCCCUGGGACUGCUCCUGCCGCAGUCAGGUCUGGGGAGUUACGCCACUCUGAUGGAGCGAGGCCACGAUCACAUUCUAGUUCUGGUUCCAGGCCUCGUCCAGACUGGGGGGAUAUGAGUGUGGCAGGGCGACCUCGCUCACCCUCUCUUAAAGGACGGGGUGGCGAGUCAGGGACGGUCUACCAGACACCCACCUCACCUGCACCUCACAGAUCACAGGAUGCAUUGGCAUCAGAUUCAGUGUACCUGACUCCAAGUGCCGUUCCCAGGUCUGCAGCAGAAACAACAGGGGAAGCAAGGUAUUUCACUUCAAUUGAUGCAGGGGCUGGGCAUUCCGAUGGAUGCUACUUGGUGCCUAGGCCAGCUGUAACUGCGCUGACCAAUGAGAAUUUAUAUCAGACUCCUUCGAGUGGUGUCCCAGUAGCAGGGCAGUGUGUACCAGGAAUGACUUCAAGACUUACAGAUGGGAUUACACACAAAAGCACCUCUUCUCAAUGUAAGACUAGCCAGGAUGCACCAGGGAUGUGCCAAACCCCAACCCCACCUGGGGGAGCAAUAUCAAGGACUCCUCAAGCUGAGCGAAAACACCCCUCUGGAACUGUAGGAGUCUCUGCAGUCUCAACACCAGGACAGAACCUUAAAAAGACACCUCCUUCUGCCAGAGGAUCCCUGAAGCCUCAGGGUACUUCUUCAACUCCCUCUGUUAGUAGAGGAAAACUGCCCCAGGCUGGCGUGAGAGAAUCCCCUCUACUUGCCAGGACAGGAAUUUCUGGAGUACCAGGGUCUCCAAACUUUAGACGCAAACCCCCUCCACCAGCACCACCAGUUAGAAGUGUAACCAGGAAGGAUUUAACUCCGUCUACUCCGAUUCCAGCCACCAAAACUGUUCUCCAGGCAAAACCUGCUCCCCCACAGACAAGCAUAUUAGAAGAUGAGAGACAGGGACGUAAAAAUGGACAUACACAAGUGGACGAGAUGAAAAAGAACAGUGACACAGUGACCAAGAAGGAGUGUGCAAAUUCUCAUGAUGAGAAACUCAGUGAUGAGGUAUAUGAUACACCUCCCACCAAUAGGUGGCAACAUCCUGUUCCUGCGGUGCCUUCUGAGGAGGAGGAGGAGGAUGAUGGGAUCUAUAACACCCCUCGUGCUAUACCCCUACACACCGACCAGUCUUCUGAGAUAUAUGAUGUUCCCACUCUGGCCCUGAAUUCCUCUUCAGACCAUCAGCAGCAAACUUACAAUAUUCCAGGAUCGCCUGCUGUGGGUGGAGAUGCAGAGGAUGAGGAUGUAUACAGUGUUCCCAGUCUCCCUGGUUUACCCUUGGAGGCAAGCGAGAUGCCAGGAUUGCCUGCAGAAACUGCUGGAAAUGGACGGGCCUAUUCCAUUUCCAGCCCCAGAAAGCAAAACUCAGUCUUUGAAGAUGUGUCAGAACUGGACGGAAGCAUCUACAACAUGCCUGCCCUCACUCUGGAAAUCCCAACACGCCGGUUGUCUGUAUCGAGCACCGGCUCUGCAGACAUCCAGUGGAAAGCCUCUCUUUCUGCUCUUGUCCAAUCUGCACUGACCUCCGCCUCUCUCCCCACCACCUCUUCCAGAGAACUGGCUGCUGCAUUAGCUGAGAUCCUCUCUGUCUGGAAGACCGGCCAUGUUUGUGAUGUGCCUCCAGUUCUCCAGCAGGCCUGGUCCCGUCUCUCAGACCUACUUCCUGCUCUCUCUGUGUGCGGGACUGCCCCUCCAGCCAAUGGUCUACUCUCGAUGGUCAGCUGUGCUCUUGAAGACUCUGCCUUACUUUUACAGAGUCAAACACGGCCCCGCCUGCCUUCCCAGGAGUCUCUGUCUCGGAGACCUCUGCCUGCUUUACCAGUGGCAGAGGUCAAACCAAUUGCAGGUGACAUGGGGUCACGGAAGGGCAGCUGGAUCCAGGAACGACCACUUCCACCUCCACCACCAGCAGCCUUCCCAUUGCCCCCAACACAAAUCUUUUUAGCCCCUACCAUAGGAAGAGUGCAAGAUGAGGAACAAGGGAAUGAGUAUGCAGGAAUCGGCCUAACUCCUACACCAGCGCCUUCAUAUCCUGUAGGUGAUAGUGUGGGCUACGUCAAACUGCAGGGAAAACCUGAGCCUCCACCAGACACCCAAACAGAGCACAGUUCUUUACCGCUUAUCACCGCAACUGAUAAUAAAUUGAGUCCUUCUCCCACUGUCCCGGUCUCUCAGUCUCUAGAGGAUUCAGAGCUUCUCUCAUUCUACUCAUCUCAAAGUCUCUCUCAUCUUUCUUGCCUUGCUAAUGCCAUCGACUCCCUGUUCACAAGCGUCCAAGUGAGCCAGCCACCUCGAGUCUUUGUUUCCAGAGGGAAGAGUCUCAUUGUUACUGCACACAAACUUGUCUUCAUUGGGGAUACGCUUGCACGCCUUCUCAGCUCUUCAGACCUCAGGGCAAAGGUCACCACCUCCAGUGGACGCCUAUGUCAAGCUCUGAAGGCUGUUGUUGUGGCAACCAAGGGAGCAGCCCAGAAUUAUCCUUCAGUCCCUGCUACACAAGAAAUGGUGGACAGAGUAGCUGAUCUAUCGCAGCAUGCGGCUGGAUUCUCUGGGCUUUUGCAGCGAUUAGCUGAGAUUUCUUGAUGCCAUUUGUGAUUUGUAUAACCUUUAUUCUUUAUCACAGUGGAAUGACUUAUCAUUUUCAUUUUAUAUAUAUAUAUAUAUAUUUCUUUUUGAUUAUGUUUGAGAAGGUAUUGAGAAAGUGUGUUACUGCUUGUAUUGGUUCAUUGGUGAUAAAAUGCUGAUCCAUUGAUCAAAACAGUUAGUGGGUUUGUGUUGAGUGUAUCAGCUUGUCUGUGUGGGUUUUGAAACUUUAGACUGGUGUUUUCUCUUUUUUUUUUUCAUAUUUUUGGUGGUGCCAAGCACAACGUUUUUAAUAACUUAUUGAUAGAUGUUAUUUUUAAAGAUGUUUGCAACCUCAGGCGCAUUUUCUAAUAGCUUUAUUUCAUUCCCUUAUCAUGUGAUCUCACCAUAGAGUUAUAACUGACAAUAACAGUGGUCCUCAAAGAGAAAGUCUCCACUUAAAGGGAUGGUUCACCGAUAAAUUUAAAUCGAAGCUCUAAAAAGCACCUACAGGCAGCAUAAAAUUAAUCCAUAUGACUCCAGUGGCUAUCCAUGUCUUCUGAAAUGAUACAGUUGAUAAGUGUGGAUGAGAAACAGAUCAAUAUUUAAAAUCUUCUUUACUAUAUAUCUCCAUCUUUGACCAGCCCUCACCAGUAGGUAUGCAUGAAGAAUGCAAAAAAAUCAAAUAAAUUGAAAGUUGAGAUUUAUAGUAAAAAAGGACUUAAAUAUGUAUUUUUUUCUCACCCACACCUAUCACGAAGACAUGGAUUAAACCACUGGAUUCAUGGAUUACUUUAUGCUGCUUUUAUGUGCUUCUUGGGCCUUCAGAUUUCUGUCACCAUUCACUUGUAUUGUUUGGACUUGCAGUGCUGAGAUAAUCUUCUAGAAAUCUUUGUUUGUGUUCUGUAGAAAAAAGUAAGUCAUACACGUCUGGGAUGGCAUGAGUGUGAGAAAAUGAGGAGAGAAUUUUCAUUUUUUUUGUGAACUAUCCCUUUAAAUGCCCUCAUUUAAACUGAUUACCUAAUAAUUCUGUUUGUUUGUAAAUGUGAAGUGGCCUUGGUGAUAUAGAGUUAAAUGAAGUGACUGAUUGGACAGCCCAGGAGGUUGAAGUUUUGUGACAAAUGUAACUGAAACAACUGGGACAUUUGUUCAGAUAGGGCUAACCCUCCGUAAUAGUGCAGUUACAGAAGUAGAAGGAAUUGUGAAGAAAAGAAAGAUUUUGUAUGAGAAAUGAAUUAAUUUAUUGCAUUUUUAGGAGAGAUAUUAGAUUGAGUUCUUUCCCAUGACACUGAUUCAGAUAUAAACCUGUCUGUCAGGUUCACUCACCUUCUCCCUUUUUUACUUACACACUCUUUGUGUCACUAACAGUUUUUCUUCCCGUAAUUCUCACACUCAGAUUCUGCCAAGUUUCUUCUUGCACAAAUAGUACUAUACAGGGUUUUCUUUUUUAAAUAGGCUAUGCAGCAUUCCUGAAACAGCAAUAUAUACAGGAUCUACUAGCUUCUACUGUGGCAUUCAAAAUGCUUGAGCAAAAAUUCAACAGGAAUAUUUUAAUAUGCCGACAGAACUGCAAACUGCUUGGUUCUAACCAAUAUGGGCUUUGUGUAUCUUCACUGGAACAGUGCUUACGCAGGUUGAAACAUGCACCUGUUUCCCUCCUGUCUCGGAACAAUCAAGUCAGUGUCAUAAACACUCACUCAUGUUUACAUGUCACCCUUAUAGCCUGCACCUCAGAGACCAUUCCUCCAUAUAGUUAAACACACAUCUCUCAUUUCUGUAUUCAGGAUUUACAUGUCAGCUGCCAGUGUAAUACUUUCAGUGGUAUUCUUGCGGUUCGACUUAGGUUAUAUUAGGUUAGAAAUUAGAUGUGUUAAUUUGUGAAAGGCAAAAAAUGGUACAUGUAAAGAAACCACAGAGAUGAGAAAGAACUAGUAGUCUACCCAGGGACAUCUGCACCUAUUUCAUAAUCUGGGUUAUUGUGUCUGUCUUUACAGUGAUCAUUAUCCAGAAAAAUAUUUUGCAAGUUAACAUGUCAGCCAUGCAAUUUCAAAGUUCACACCUCAAGUAGCCUUUCCCCUUUUUUUUUAGAUAUGUACCGCUUACUUUAAAAAAAAAAAAAAAGUAUUGUCUGCUCUACCUUGUGGCCUGUUAAGUUUUACAUAUUUGUCAGUCCUUUCAUGGUGGUGUUUGAAAGUGGUGGAAUCUUCAGUUGAAUGCAUCAAGUUCUGAAGCUGGUUUAUUCUAGUGCUAGUGUGAGUGUGUGUGAGUUGCCUCAAAGUGCCAUCUGGUGGGCUUUAUCAGUAUUGAUAUAUAACUUGGUUAGCUUAAAGGGAUAGGUCACCCAAAAAUGAAAAUUCUCUCAUCAUUUACUCACCCUCAUGCCAUCCCAAAUGUUUAUGACUUUCUUUCUGCAGCAGAACACAAAUUAAGAUUUUUAGAAGAAUAUCUCCAAACUGUUGGUCCUCACAAUGCAAGUGAAUGUUGACCAACACUUUGAAGCUCCAAAAAGCACAUAAAAGCUGCAUAAAGGUAAUCCAUAUGACUUUAAUCCAUGUCUUCAGAAGGGAUAUAAUAGGUGUGGGUGAGAAACAAGGCAAUAUUUAUGACAUUUUUUUUUUUACUAUAAAUCUCCACUUUCACUAGCCAUCCUAUCCGAUUUUCUCUCUUUAGAGUUAAUUUGUUUUUGGUGAUUUGCAUUCUUUGUCCAUAUCACCACCUACUGGGGAGGGAGGAGAAUUUACAGAAAAAAGGACUUAAUUAUUGAUCCGUUUCUCACUCACACCUAUCAUAUCUCUAUUGAAGACAUAGAUUUGCACUAUGGAUUAAUUUUGCAGAGCUGAAAUAUUCUUUUAAAAAUCUUUGGUUGUCCAUUAUCUGGUUGGUCAUACACAUCUGAGUUUGCAUGGGGGAAGUAAAUGAUGAGAGAUUUUUGAGUGAAAUAUCCCUUUAAAACAAGAACACAGAGCCCCUCCAAUGGUAAUUCAGAUUUUACUUUCAAACAUUUUCUGGUGGUUUAAGCCAAAUAAUGUUUGAAACAGCUCCUACUGUAUAAAAACAAAUAGUUAUGUAUAUAUAAUCAUUGCAAUUAUACAAUAGUUCUUUCCUCAGCAUACUUUUCUCUCUCAAGGUGGUAUAUUAAGUGCUCACAGCAAUUCUUAGAUUUCAUGGCCCAAUAUAGUUAUAUUUAUUUGAUUUUGUAAACCAAACGUCUGCUUGUCACAUAUAACCAGGGAUGUUUUCAUGCAACUUUGCUUUUAUGAUUCAAAGUUUGCUCUAAGAAUGUUUUAAUUUUUAAUUUUUUGGCAUCAGAAUGUAUUUUUGACAUGCAUUUUGUGCUUCUUUACUAGUCCAUUUUGACAUUUUGUUUGUAAGAUGUGCUCCACAGGUACUUUGCAUAUAUGAAGUUCUUUGAAACUUGUCUUCAAAAUAACUUCAAAUAAUUUUUUGUUACAGAACACAGACAACCAGUUGUGUUUUAAUGUUUUGUAAUGCUAUACACAAUAGCUCUUUGUUUCUAUGUUAAGAAUGUGUAGAAAAUUGACCUGCACAUCACUUUGUAAUGUAAUGUCAGAUUGUUUUUGUACAGUGCAAUACAGUCUGAAUGACUCGAUAGUUGUAUGCCUGCCUCGCUCUCUCCUAGGCAAGAUAUUCUGUUUGAAAUAGAGUCUUCAGAGUCUGUUUAGGAUAUGCCAGUCACAAAUAAUUGUACCAGCUCAUGUGGGUGUGGAGGGUAAUGAGGAGGUGGAUGGUAUGGCUAAGCAUGCUCGGAAACAUACUAUUAUAUGUUAGUCAGAAGUUAAGUAAUUAAAGGAGUGGUAAAAGGGAUUUGGCAUAAGAUAAAUGGAAUAAGGAAGUUAAGGGACAACAUCUGUACAAUAUUCAAAGUCAAGUUGCAUAUGAGAUGAUUAUAUAUGGAAAUAGAAGGGAUGACACAAUAUUAACAAGACUCCAGAUUGGACACUGUGCUCAAAAUAACAUUGGUAAUCUUGAAUCUGAUUGCUGCAAUAAAUGUGGUC